AUGACUUGCAAACCGUCCAGAUUAACGUUGGAGAUUUUUGCAGCAAUCAGUCCCAAGACCGGCAUGACCGGUCCCACAUGCACAUACGAGGUGAUCAAGGCGAUUGGUUCGACGUCUCCUCAGCUGACUCCGCUACGGUCGGCCACCCCUGCUCCUGAUGAGGAAGAUGACACUGGCCUUGAACCAGACGCGACCGAGCCUGACCACCUCGACGACCCCGAUACGGUUGACCACCUCGCCAACCAAGUUGGCUUUUCGGUCGGAUCUGAUUACGCCUUGGCGGACGAUGCUUCUUCUGACGAUGCUGAGCCUACCGAUGCUGACGUGAGUAGCGACCAAGUGCGCAACGUGGACACUGCCGAGUCUGACUAA